GAAAUGGGAACAGGGAUCACUUUUCCCUGCGUUAAUAUAGUCAAUUUGGGCUCAGGUUCAAAUUGGAAAUAGGUCCAACCAGACCAUUCUUGCCGGGCUUGCGGGCUCUUCUUUUCCCUUUCUCUUUAUCUUGGCGGCCUCAAUCCUUCGGCGAUGAUGAGAUCAGUCCCCUCUUCGCUGAACCCCCCUCCUCUCAAUCCAAGAACACGGCGAAUCCAACCCCACGGUGAUUUCCGCCGCGCCUUCGAGGGGAAGAAUAUGGCGCUCAGAUGCUCGAUUUCUUCGUGCCAAGGAGGCAGCAGUGCUGAGAUGUCGCGGACCUUCCAGUGCUUGGAUGGGAUCCGAACCCUUGCAGAAAGUGGUCGUUUUAAGGCAUGGUUCUUGGAUCAGUUUGGAGUCCUUCAUGAUGGGAAAAAACCAUAUCCUGGUGCCAUUUCAACAUUAGAAAAGCUAGCAUAUCAUGGAGCGAAGAUGGUAAUCAUUAGUAAUUCUUCUAGGCGAGCAUCUACAACUAUAAAUAAGCUAAAGAGCCUUGGCUUUGAUCCUUCUAUUUUUAUCGGGGCAAUCACUAGUGGAGAAUUAACGCAUAGAAGCCUUGAAAGGAGGGAUGAUUCAUGGUUUGCAGCACUAGGAAGAUCUUGCAUUCACAUGACUUGGAGUGAUCGCGGUGCAAUAUCUCUCGAGGGCUUAGGCUUGCAAGUUGUGAGCAAUGUGGAUGAUGCAGAAUUCAUACUGGCUCAUGGAACUGAAGCACUUGGUCUUCCUUCUGGUGAUGUGCUCCCUAUGAAUCUUGAGGCUCUUGAACAAAUCUUGGAGCUGUGUGCCAAGAAAAAAAUUCCUAUGGUGAUCGCAAAUCCCGAUUAUGUGACUGUUGAAGCUCGAGCUUUGCGUGUUAUGCCUGGAACUCUAGGAGCUAAGUAUGAAAAGCUUGGUGGUGAAGUCAAAUGGAUGGGUAAACCUGAUAAGGUGAUCUAUACAUCAGCUAUGGCCAUGGCUGGUGUAAAUGCUUGUGACUGUAUCACUGUGGGAGAUUCUCUCCACCAUGACAUAAAGGGUGCAAAUGCAGCUGGAAUUGCAUCAGCAUUUGUUACUGGUGGGAUUCAUGCUACUGAACUUGGACUUAGUGGCCUUGGGGAAGUUGCUAGCACUGAUACAGUUCGGUCUCUGGCUUGUAAAUAUGAUGCCCAUCCAUCUUAUGUUUUACCAGCUUUUACAUGGUAGAACAUAAAUUUAUGUUGGAAGCUGUUAUUUCAGGAAAGAUUUCAAGUUGAACAAGAUUGCCAAGCUACUCACGCUCGUUCUGUUGGAGGACUCAAAACUCCUCGCUUUUGCAUGAGUUAUUUGUUGCACCUCUCUUAUGCUUCAGAGGCUGCUUUAGUGUGAAGAGAGCAUAGCGUUUCACAAGACUCGUGGGAAAUUUGGUUAUUUUUUAUGGCCGGACCUAUAUAUAGUGCAUCUCAAGUCUGAUCUUUGUGUUUAAAGGGAUGUAAUUGAAUUACUGGACGGAUUGUUAUUAUUUACAUUUUAAUUUAUAUGUCCUGCUGCUUUAGUGAUUAAAUAAAAUUUUAGCAAAUAUUUUCUAGAAUUCAUAA